AUGAUGGAAAGAGAAGCCAUCACACCUCUGAUGGUGGUGUUAAUACUAGUGGUUAAUCCGUUCGGGUUCACUUAUGCUAAUAUGGAAGGUGAUGCAUUGCAUACCCUUAGGGUAAACUUAGAAGAUCCUAACAAUGUUUUACAGAGUUGGGAUCCUACUCUUGUCAACCCUUGCACAUGGUUUCAUGUCACUUGCAACAACGAUAAUAGUGUAAUAAGAGUUGAUCUCGGGAAUGCUGCUUUAUCUGGACAACUGGUCCCACAACUUGGCCUGUUGAAGAAUUUGCAGUACCUGGAGCUGUACAGUAAUAACUUAAGUGGGCCUAUACCCACUGAUCUUGGUAAUCUGACUAAUUUGGUGAGCUUGGAUCUGUACUUGAACAGUUUCACUGGUCCCAUUCCAGUGACUUUGGGCAAGCUAUCGAAAUUGCGCUUCCUUCGGCUAAAUAACAACAGCUUGACAGGAGCCAUCCCCAUGUCUUUGACUAAUAUCUCAACACUACAAGUGCUGGAUCUGUCAAACAAUCAACUUUUAGGUGCUGUUCCAGAUAAUGGCUCGUUUUCUCUAUUCACCCCAAUCAGUUUUGCGAAUAACUUGGAUCUAUGUGGUCCAGUCACUGCACGUCCUUGCCCGGGAUCUCCUCCAUUCUCUCCACCCCCUCCAUUUGUCCCACCACCCCCAAUAUCUUUGCCAGGAGGAAAUAGUGCGACUGGAGCCAUUGCUGGUGGAGUUGCUGCUGGUGCUGCUCUUCUCUUUGCAGCCCCUGCCAUUGCAUUUGCAUGGUGGCGUCGAAGGAAACCGCAGGAAUAUUUCUUUGAUGUACCAGCUGAAGAGGACCCUGAAGUCCACUUGGGGCAACUUAAAAGGUUCUCUCUUCGAGAAUUGCAAGUUGCUACGGAUAGUUUUAGUAACAAAAACAUUCUGGGAAGAGGUGGCUUUGGAAAGGUAUACAAAGGACGAUUAGCAGAUGGUACACUGGUGGCUGUCAAAAGACUUAAGGAGGAGCGGACACCGGGUGGGGAGCUUCAAUUUCAAACAGAAGUAGAGAUGAUCAGCAUGGCGGUUCAUCGUAAUCUCCUUAGAUUGCGUGGAUUUUGCAUGACUCCAACUGAACGGCUGCUUGUUUAUCCAUAUAUGGCUAAUGGAAGCGUCGCAUCAUGUUUAAGAGAACGUCCACCAAAUGAACCGCCACUUGAUUGGACGACACGGAAGUGCAUUGCUUUAGGAUCUGCCAGAGGAUUAUCAUAUUUGCACGAUCACUGUGAUCCAAAGAUUAUUCAUCGUGAUGUGAAGGCUGCAAAUAUAUUGCUUGAUGAAGAGUUUGAGGCUGUUGUUGGAGAUUUUGGUUUGGCUAAACUUAUGGAUUAUAAGGAUACACAUGUUACUACUGCUGUGCGUGGAACCAUUGGACACAUAGCUCCCGAGUACUUGUCCACUGGAAAAUCUUCUGAGAAAACAGAUGUUUUUGGAUAUGGAAUUAUGCUUCUCGAGCUAAUAACAGGGCAGAGAGCAUUUGAUCUAGCUCGCCUUGCAAAUGAUGAUGAUGUCAUGCUACUUGAUUGGGUGAAAGGGCUUCUAAAAGAGAAGAAAUUGGAAAUGCUGGUUGAUCCUGAUUUGCAGAAGAAAUAUGUGGAGGCAGAAGUCGAGCAGCUAAUCCAGGUUGCUCUUCUAUGUACACAGAGUUCCCCGAUGGACCGGCCCAAGAUGUCAGAAGUGGUGCGAAUGCUAGAAGGCGAUGGCUUGGCUGAGAAGUGGGAUGAAUGGCAAAAGGUGGAAGUUCUCCGUCAGGAGGUGGAACUAAUUCCACAUUCUAGUUCCGAUUGGAUUGUUGAUUCCACCGAAAAUUUACAUGCCAUUGAGUUAUCCGGUCCAAGAUGA